AAAACACUUCUAUGCUACUAAUCCUGCAGGUACCGGAAGCUACACUUACUUGUUAGAACCUCUUUGGUGGGCAGGCAUGAUUACAAUGAUUGUCGGAGAGAUAGCAAAUUUUGUUGCUUAUAUGUUUGCCCCAGCAGUUCUUGUGACUCCUCUCGGUGCAUUGAGUAUUAUUGUUAGUGCUGUUCUAGCACACUUUAUGCUGAAGGAACGAUUAAGGCAGAUGGGUAUUCUGGGAUGUUUGUCCUGCAUCGUAGGAUCAAUAGUAAUUGUAAUUCAUGCACCUCAGGAACAUACACCAAGUUCUGUGCUAGAAAUCUGGACUUUGGCUACUGAACCAGCUUUUCUGAUUUAUGAAGCAGUAACAUUGUCAAUGGUUCUUGUUCUGAUUAUAUACUUUGAGCCCCACUAUGGACAGACAAACAUUCUGGUUUACUUGGGAAUUUGUUCGUUGAUGGGUUCACUUACGGUCAUGAGCAUAAAGGCUAUAGGAACUGCAAUAAAGCUUACUCUGGAGGGGAUCAGUCAAGCAGCAUAUCCACAGACAUGGUUUUUUCUUUCGGUUGCAGUAAUCUGUGUGAUCACACAGUUAAAUUAUCUUAACAAGGCACUUGAUACUUUCAAUGCAGCAAUUGUUUCUCCAAUAUAUUAUGUGAUGUUCACAACUCUAACUAUCAUCGCGAGUGCGAUAAUGUUCAAGGACUGGUCAGGUCAGGACAUGAAUAGCAUAAUAUCUGAGAUAUGUGGAUUCAUUACUGUCCUAUCGGGAACAAUAAUACUUCACGUGACACGAGAAGAGGAACCCACAACACUGCCAGGAACCAUAAUAUGGUAUGAUGGAGAUCCGGCAAAAGGCUUGGAAGAUGCACAUUAUAUCACAUUGCACUCUCCCGAUUUCUUUCAGUAGUGAAUUUUCUAAAAAGACUCGAGCAAGACAAGUUUACAAGUUUACUAGCACUUGGGCUAAUAUGGCACACAAUGAUUUAUGAUUUUGGGGAUACGAGUUUCUCAAAAAGAUUGUGCAUUUUCAGGACUGGAUAGGCUGCCUCUUCCUCUGUGCACCUUUCCUUAGAUGUUCAGGGACGAGGGCUCUUUAAAUUGCAGAUGCAUAUUCUAGUUGGAUUAAUGGAUCUUCCAUGGCAAUCUCAAGCUAUGUGUUGAAACAUACACAAGUAGGGUUUCCUUCUGCUUAUGUUGACUGGUGAUUGUAUAUAUUUGUCCUUAUCCUCAUUUCUUCGAGUAAUUGAGUUAAUAGUUGUAUUACUAUUGGUUUUGUUUUUUUAUUGUAGUUCUGAGAGCGAUCAGUGCAGAUAAAGUUUAGUAAUACUAUCACCCGUUUUUGAAGAUAUUUAUGUCGUCAAUAUGAAGAUAUCAGUUUUGUAUUUGUAAGCUGCAUGUUUGAUGUUUUCAUGCUUGAUACUUUCCGCUU